CCCCGCCUUUAAAGGGGCUCUUCCUCCUCCUGCUCCUCCUCCCCUUGCUUCUCUCCCGGCGUCUCUCUUCCCCGCGCGAGUGGAUCAUCAUGGCAGGAACCCCGCGCGGCUUUUGGCACGAGGCGUCCCACCAGAUCCUGGCCGGCGGCUCGGCGGGUCUUGUAGAAAUUUGCUUGAUGCACCCCCUCGAUGUGGUGAAAACCAGGUUCCAGAUUCAAAGAGGAAAAAAUGAUCCAUCCAAUUACAAGAGCCUGAGGCAUUGUUUUAGAACCAUAUUCCAGACAGAAGGAUUAUUUGGCUUCUAUAAAGGUAUACUCCCUCCAAUCUUGGCUGAAACACCAAAAAGGGCAGUAAAGUUCUUCACUUUUGAACAAUAUAAGAAAUUACUAGGAUAUGCUGCCCUAUCACCACCAAUGACACUUGCAGUUGCUGGCUUGGGAUCUGGGCUAACAGAAGCCAUUGUGGUUAACCCUUUUGAAGUAGUCAAGGUUAGCCUGCAGGCAAAUCGGGAUGCUUUCACAGAGCAACCAUCCACCUUUGCCAAAGCUCAGCAGAUUAUUAAGGACCAUGGCUUGGGUCUCAGUGGACUCAACAAAGGAUUAACUGCAACCUUGGGACGGCAUGGAGUGUUCAAUAUGGUUUAUUUUGGAUUCUACUUCAAUGUGAAAAGAAUAAUUCCUGCCAACAAGGAUCCAACUUUGGAAUUCCUAAGAAAAUUUGGGAUCGGGCUAGUCUCAGGAACAAUAGCCUCCAUUAUUAACAUCCCUUUUGAUGUUGCAAAAAGUAGGAUUCAAGGACCACAGCCGGUUCCUGGAGAGAUCAAGUACAGAACCUGCCUUAAAACUAUGGCAACCGUCUAUAAAGAAGAAGGAUUCUUAGCUUUGUACAAAGGAUUGGUGCCUAAGAUCAUGAGGCUUGGCCCAGGUGGUGCAGUGAUGCUUCUGGUUUAUGAGUAUGCUUAUGGGUGGCUUCAAGAAAACUGGUGAUCAAAAAUAUGGCCUUUAAAUCUGGUGUGCACAACUGUGACCUCCAGAUAUUUCUUGGAUUGCAACUUUGAUCACUACUAGCAGCCAUAGCCUGUGGUGAAGGCUCAUGGGAGUAGAAGUCCCCAAAACAUCUGGAAGACCACAAGUGCUAAUUCAGAUUUAAAAUGACAUAUAUUAAAUUACAUUUCAGUAUUAAAUUGGAAGCAAAUCUAACAUCGUCUAUCCCUAUAGAUGCAUCAUGAAAAAUUAUCUCUUCUUAACUUAAUAUGCCAGUUAAUAAAACAUGAUCUCACAUAGCUCUUUGUUAGAAUGAAACUCAAGAUUAUAUUGCAGUCACGGACACAAAUGCACAAGCAACUUCACCCAACAAAGGCUACAGACAGCACAUGGAGUAAGAUCCUGCAUUGGAGACUGCAGUGUGUAACUUUAAAAGGACGGGCUACAACACUGGUGUAGUACACAAAUAAGACUAGUAAAUUGUGAUGAUGGACAGCAGGGCAAAUGAUCCUAUUGCAUAACAGGGGUUUGCAUUGUGUAUCAGGACACAUUGUGCCUUGGGGCAUGGAAGACAUCAAGGCAUAUUUCACAAUGCAAAACAUUGUACAUUGAGACAUGCUAUGUGUCAAGACACAUUUGGGUGCCUUCAAAUCAUUUAGGUGCAUUUAAGUCACACUGGUGGGUCCAUUUGGUCCAAUGAUGUAGCUAUGCCCCAAAUCCCUACCUGAUAAUACUACCGUUCCAAUUUAACUUUACAUUUGUGAGUUUAUGGUGGUACAACUUCCCAACAGAAUGCCAGUCAUGUUUGACAGCUUAAGUGUUUGACUGAUCAAGAAAAAAUAUCACUUGAAUAGUUAUAUGUUUUUCAGUAACUGAUCAAUUGUCUGCUUAUGAUAUUAGAUAUCUAUGUACAAUGCCACUGUUGAGAACCAUUUUGAAGUACUGAAGAAAAUGUAAAAUAAUUUACCACUUAAUAAAGAAAAACUACCACAAUUA